UAACUACUGCCUAAUUAAUUUUCUCAUCUUAAAAGAUCGACGAAUUAAUAAACCUUAAUUGACGAGGCUUGAUAGCAGAGAGACUAUAAAGGGUGCCUCAUCAACACCAAUCGGCCACCACGACUUACAUCGAAGAGCUUACAUCUCGUGCUACACAACUCCUGUGCUGGUUCGUCGGUUCUUUACUUGGGCAAGUCUUUCGCCAGCCACAGACAUCACUGCAAGCGGGUAAAAAGGACACGAUGCUUCGAGAUUGCUUUUUAGUAGCUUUGCUGCUGAUGGCGGGCAGUGUGUUGACUGAAGGGACUUUGGGCUAUUACGAAGGCGGAACGGUCUUUUGGGAGGCUCGUAACCCGGAUAAUCCUAGAGAGAUAACUGUUGAUUUUGAGUUAAACUUUGAUGCACGGAGGAAUUCUGGCACCCACCAUCAGUGCACUGAAGAAAGCAUUAGGACACACAAGAAACUUCGCACUGGUGGUCAGUUUAUCGUUGGUAAUGACAAGAUGUUUGCUGACUAUUACUGCGUGAAGUUGGACCCGGUAAAGCAAACAGCAACUGGAUAUUACAACUUGACGUACACAUUGCCACCAGGUGAAUCAACUGCACAGAUAUCAUAUACGGAAUGCUGUUGGAUCGAUGGUAUUGGGAACAAUGGCGGAGACAUUGGAACUGGGAAGGGCUGGAACCUGGCGUCUACCAUCAACAUUGCCCACAAAGAUGGCGUCUCCAUCAACUCCCCUCCCCAGAGCAAAACAUUUGCCAAAUAUGCCAUCAUGUCUGGUUGUACCUACAGUAUGCGUAUUGCAAAUGAUGACGCCAACAAUGACGUAGUAAAGUGCAGAUGGGCUAGCAAGAAGAAGAACGAAUGCAAUGUGAAUGCCUUGGAUAUUUGUGGAGUAACUUAUUUUGACGAAGGAAGAAAGAAACCAGUAGCAAGUCUGGAUAAGGAAUCUUGUGAUUUGACGUUUGGAGAGGAGGAAACGAUCCCUCCUGGUACCUACGCUUUCAUGGUCAUGUUGGAGGACUUUGCUCCUAACAAACUCAAGAAGCCAAUGAGUAAGACUCCUGUACACUUCCUGAUGGAUGUAUUCCAUUACGAAGGAGAUUGCAGACAGCCACAGCUGCAUGUUCCUAGAAUGUGCUUUGCUCACGUUUUGGGAGAAGAAUUUCAAAUGAGAAUUGUUGCCACGGCUACAGCUCCUAAUUACAGAAUCACCAGCAUAGAUGUGCAGGGUUAUCCAACAGAUGCGCCCAGUAAGGUUUCUGGAACGGACUCGGACUAUGACAUCAUCUUCACUUUUAUGCCAAGGAAACUGAAGACUUACACAAUAUGUGUGUUGGCAUAUGAAGACGAGAGGUUCAUCAGCUCACAGUCCUGUUUCACCGUCAAUGUUGUUCAGACAGAACCACCAGCACUGAGAGUGGAUCAAGCAAACUCUAUUCCGGCCAAGGGCGACCAAGAGGCUGAAGCCAUCGUUCCUAAUUGGGCCAUCAAAUUUGACAGGACGAUUCGCAAAGGUGUGUUCAGCCCAGCUUACGUGACCCUUCGUGACUCCAACAAUGACGUGGUCUGGCGUGUAGAUGCAACGGGACCCGAUGCUGAGAUUGUUGGUGAAACACUCACCUUUCCUAACAGUCAGGAUGUGUACUUGGAGUAUGAGGCUGAGUACACUAUCUCACUGGAUGAAGGAGUGGUACAGAGCAACGACAAGAAAUGCUCAGUGAAAUCCAAACCCUCAGAGUGGAGCUUUGUUACUGGAGUUCCUGAGCCUACAUUUGUAAUACUGAAACCUGUUUGCAGUGUCUCCUCCAUGACUAUGUUCCUUCCCAAACUCUUGUUGGAUCUGGGGGACUACGGUCCGGAGAUAAUGCACCUGCGUGACCCACAAUGCCAGGGUGUCAAUUUCAAUGAUACCCACUAUUAUGUCUGGACCUCCUACGGCUUGUGUGGCACAACAUUUCAGCGUAACGGGACAGAUUAUAUGUACAGUAACACUAUCUACAUCCCUGAAGCGCCAUACAGCCCAGCAGGAACUAAAGUCACCCGAGUCCCCCACCGCGAAAUUCACUUCUCCUGCAGCAUCCCCGCCAAGACCACCAAAACCCUGACAUUUGAUCCUAGCCCAGGAACCAUCGGCCAUGAAGAGUUCAAUGGCAGGGCUGACUUCUUGGAUAACCUGGCAGAUACCACACUGAAGCUCUUCAAUGCAAACUACGACCAGGCAUAUGGCGAGCUCUCGAAGCCACUCAAAGUGCCAUUUGACACCAGGCUGUACUUUGAGGGAGAGGCCAGUUGUGAUAACCGUCAAUGUGAUGCUUUCUUCCAAUCCUGCUGGGCCACGACUUCCGAAAAUCCUUAUAACUGGCCUCGUCAUGAAUUGAUCAAAGGCGGGUGCAUACAAGAUAACACGCUGACAGUCCAUGAAACAGGUGUUUCCAACAAGGUUCGCUUCUCUGUUGAUGCCUUUGCCUUCCUUGGCUGGCGGAUCCGUGAUACGGUGUACGUCCAUUGCAAUGUGUUUGUCUGCUCCUCGAGUGACAACUCCUCCAUCUGCAAGCAAGGCUGUCUUCAGACCCGUGCUAUGACCUCUGACGGGGUCAGUCGUCGUGAUUUCAUGUCGGUAGUCUCCUCUCCAGGAUUGAUCAGGCAGUAACAGGAGUAGUCUCUUCUCAAAUCUUGGUCAGAGAAGUGAGUGGAAACCAAAUGAUGUUUGGAACACACGAACCCUACAAAUUGAAAGGACAGCUGAGUGUUAAGACUUUCUUUUACAUUUAUGCCAAUAUUUUUUGCAUGAACAUUUUAAUGCCUUAUAUGGUGUUGGGUUUUAUCAGUGAUUCCAAAAUUUAGUUUAUGGUAACAAAAUUGUUUGUGUUAAAAGUGUUCUUUUUUUCUUUUUAUUUAACAUUUCAGUUCUUAGAGAUUGUUUUUUCUGUUAGAAACCACUAUCAAUUGAUGUAUGUGCCAAAAGCAAUAUGUGCAAGUCUCUUUACCUAACAUUCACUUAUAUCGUAAAUUAUGUCAGUGACCUGCUGCCAAACUCUUCUUU